UGACUGUGUACUGAUGGUUUUAAAUAUGCAGUUUUGUUGUAAGUCACUCGCUAGUAUGAGGAUUAAUGUGUGUAUUCUCACACACCCUCCUGCUCGCUUCCACUCAGCCACGCUCAAACUCGUCUAGCAACACAAAUCUGGGCACAUUUUUUUCUCACACUGACACAACAGCACUACAGGUCUAAAGUAUGGGGCUGACACAUCCCGGAUUAAUCGAGGGAGAGACAGAGAUGAUAGUUCGUUACUAAAUUAUCCAGUUAGAUCUCAGAGAAGAAGGAGUCGAGGGAUUGUUCUGCUCUCCAGUGAUCCCAUGAUGACUAUAAAUUAACCUUGACUUCCUGUUUGCACCGAACACCAGCCACACAACAGGUUUGGGAGCAGCAGAAGAGGGCCACUAUGUCACUUUCACAGCAGGUUCUGGUGAAAUUUGAAUACGAAUACACUGCUCGAGAUGGCAGAACGGUGUCCAUCAAACCCAACGAGCACUACACCCUAGUAUCCAAGACCAAUGAAACCUGGUGGCACGUCCGAAGGGAUGAGACAGAAAAGCCUUUUUUCAUCCCAGCUACGUAUGUGACCGAGCUCGCACCUGAGACCAACCAAACUCCACUGGACCCUCCAGAAGAGUUUAGUGGAUGCGAACCCCUCAAGUCCAGCUCCGAGACCGCUUCCGAUAGUCUUCCUGCCAACAUUAAGCCCGCUGAAGUCACGCUUCGAGUCCCUGACUCCAUAAAACGAGACACAGAGAAAGACGGCCAUAGAAUAUCAACAUAUAUUAUUCCAAAGGAAUUCUUCGAACUGAAGGGUUUGGAUCCAGAUCCCAUAAAGGUUAAAGCAGAGGCCGGUCCUGUGCCUGAACUCCAGAUUUAUGACAAUGUUAUUUCCAAGCCUGAUUCUCCAUCUAAUGGGGAAACACCACCCUCUAUCUUACUGCCACCUGCUUUUACAGACAACACAACUCAAUCCUCAGAACUGGAGAUAAAAUCACCUGCGAGUCCAAAAGAGAGGCCUCGGGUGGACUCAAAGUCCCUGGAUCAAGAUAUUCAGAUGCUCAUUAGAGCUGGCUGGAGUGAAGAAAUGUGGAACCUCAUGGAUAAAGACAAAAAUGUGUAUGAGAGUAUAGAUACGGUGAGAGAACCAGAAUCCUCAAAACCUGACGAUAGUAUGACACAGAGUCCCACAGUCCCAAGCCCUGUUACACCAGAUAAUCCUCUGGUAGAGGAUGACAGCUCUCUCACAGCGGUGUACGUAAACAUCCCCCGCUUGCGCCGAAGUACCAUUGACUCCUCCAGUCCCAUUGCUCCUCAAUUACAGGACUUUCCGGACACUCCCGAUACCCUCCUUUUGGACUCUGCAGGAUGGGAGGUCCAUACUGACGACCAGAGUGGGAAAGAGUACUACUACCAACCCUCUACGGGCCGGAGCACCUGGGAUUAUCCACUCAGCUACUCCAUGGAUUCGUCAGUGGGGACGGAAGAGGCCCGUUCCCCUCCUUCUUUCCCCCAGUCUCCCACCUGCUCGCCCGUAGACCCUUCUCCUCAGAGGUGGAGCUCGGACUGGGAGAAAGUGCUGGAUGAGAAUUCUGGCAGGCAUUACUUCUUUAACUCUGUGUCAGGUCAGAGCUCAUGGGAUCCCCCGGAGGACGUCGGCUCACCAGGGAACAUGAAAUUUCUGGAAGAUUUCCCGCCUCCGCUUCCUGAGGAAGACUACCCAGCAUCGCCAGAGCUGGAAGAGGAAACAUCUCCUCAUUCCUUGCCAGCAGAGUAUUCUUUGAUUCAGGUGAAGAAGGUCUCUAUCCCCAGGGUAAGUCUGGAUAACAGCACCCCACCAGGAUGGACCCUCAGAGUCGACCCUGAAGGAACUUGGGUCUUCACGAGCGACUACACGCAGGAACAGUGGAUUAAGUCGCUAGAUGAUCAAGGGCGGACAUACUACUACCUAAGAGACGGCAGCAAGUCCCAGUGGAACUUACCUGAGUAUUCUGGAAAUCCAGGACAGUAUGGAGUGGGAAAUGGAGAGCAGGACACAAUGGGAUCGAUGCAAAGCUGGAGACACAGUACAGGAUACCAGGAAGAUAGGAGUCAUUCAUCAUAUCCUCAGAAUACAUCAGACAGUGACGCCUCCAGCUCUCCUGAAAUGCCACAUAAUUUUUUUCAGGUUUCAAACUUGGAAAAGGCUGGAAUCCUGAACAAAACGAAGGUGUCUGAAAACGGGAAGAAAAUUAGGAAGAACUGGGGUCAUUCUUGGACGGUUCUCCAUGGAGGAAUACUGACAUUCCAUAAGGACCCAAAGUCCACGCCAACCGGAGCAUCGAGCAAGACAAAUCACAUAGUCCCAGAAUUCACAGUGGAUCUGAGAGGGGCAACAGUUGGCUGGGCAAACAAGGACAAAUCAAGCAAGAAAAAUGUUAUGGAGCUUAAGAGUCGGAAUGGAGCGGAGUACUUGAUCCAGUACGACACUGAAAGCAUCAUCACUGACUGGUAUAAAGUCAUCGUAGAUACCAUAAGCCAGCUGGAUUUGGAUCAGCACCACUCUGAAGAUGAGGAGGAAAUCAGUGAGAAGUCAAGCUUAGACAGAGAGGAAAAACCCUUUGACAAAAGAACUAUGAGCAAUGCAUCUCGACUGCCUUCAUCCAGUUCGACAUCUGAAGCAGAUCAAAAGAAGGUUCGCACCAAACUGAAGAAGUUUCUCCUCAAGCGGCCCACCCUGCAGUCAGUCAAAGACAAGGGAUAUAUCAGAGAAAAUGUAUUCGGAUGCCACUUGCACAAUCUCUGCAACCAAGAGAAGACGAGAGUGCCCAGCUUUGUGGAGAAAUGCAUCCGGGCGGUAGAGAAAAGAGGUCUGGGGAUCGAUGGACUCUACAGAGUUAGUGGGAAUUUGGCGGUCAUCCAGAAACUGCGUUUCAAAGCAGAUCAUGAGGAUCUGGACUUGGAGGAGGGUAACUGGGAUAUCCAUGUGAUCACAGGAGCACUGAAGCUCUUCUUCAGAGAGCUGCAGGAGCCUCUGUUCCCUUACAAUCUCUUCAAUGAUUUCAUCUGUGGCAUCAAAAUCCCUGAUUAUUACAGUAAAAUAUCACACAUGAGAAAUGUUGUGCGGUCUUUGCCAGCACCCAACCGUGACACAAUGGAGGCCCUCUUCAGCCAUUUACGCAAGGUCAUUCAACAUGGUGAUGAGAACAGAAUGACUGUGCAGAACGUGGCUAUCGUUUUCGGCCCAACGUUACUCAAACCUGAGGUGGAGUCAGCAAACAUCGCCACAUACAUGGUCUUCCAGAACCAGAUUGUAGAAUUCUUACUCAAUGAAUUUGAGUCGAUCUUCCACAUGUGAUUGACAUGAACUUGCACUGAAUAAAAAUUAAAUAAACCCUCUCAUAUGCUGGAGAUAAUGGGAGAGAUGGUGCAAAACUGAUCUCAGUUCAGUGAGAAAGACAUUAUGUAUCAGCUCUGUGAAGGAAAGCCUCUGACUGGCACAUUUUGCAUGAAGGUUAUAAAUAGAGAUGCAACAAAAAUCUAGAAAAGUAGCCUCCAUGAUUAAUAUAUUAACAUUACUGAAACAAAAUGGUUUUACAUGAGCAGUUUAAAUAUUGAAAGGGCAAUACACAUUUUAAAACUGUAUAGUUAAAUGUAGUUUAAAAUAUUUUGAGGUUUCAUUUUAGACUUAAGGAGGGCUCCCAUCAUAGAAAGUUUUCUAAGAAUAUUAGUGAGCUUUCCUUUUAAAACAGUUAUCAGCUACUCCUGGUUUUUCUUCAGGUCAGUUAAAUAAUAAUUUAGUUUAACUUUGCUUUUCUGUGGUCUUUUGCCUUUCUGUAGAGUCGUGUGAAACACUGAACAUUUUUACUCUGUUCAUUUGCAAUGUGAUGAUAGAUGAAUGAUAUUAAAUUACAAUAUUUUUUAAGUUUAGGUAUCAGUUUUAGUUUUCUUCUUUUUAAACUUGCAUCUGUAACAUAGAACUUUACAAAGAAAAUACUGCAGGCCUGUAAUUGUAAACUGGAAAUGCUAAGUUUUAAGACUUGUACAUUGUCAUUAAAGGCACAAUAUUUUAGAUUUUGUGGUACCAAAAUGUAGAAUCUGUGAAAUGGAAUUUGCACAUAGAUUUAGCAUUAAUAUUUUAUGAAAAUUGGCACACUUAUAUAGCUACACUUAUAUAUCAUUGUAAGAUGUUUAAAGGUGUGUGUAUAUAGAAAAGGCAUAUUUAUGCUGUACAUUACCUGAAGUAAGCAAGCUUUUAAUAAAGUAACUCUUUUAUAAAUUAA